CACCUGGCUGUCUGUGUAUACAUUCUUCUGGUGUCGAAUGCCGACCAGCAGAAUUGAUUCAUUGAUAAGACUUUCAGUACUUAAAUUCGUGCUUUCAGUGGAAAACUUAUUGGUUGGUUUUACUACCGUUUUAAGGUUAUAUGGCCACACGAUAUGAUGAAGAUGGAAGAUUACAUAUUUUGGGGGAUAGUGUCCUUUAUGUGGAUAGAGUACCUUUGGGAUUUAUAUCUAUCGUUGAGACAGCGCAAUGUUUAUCUAACCCACCUGAAGAGGCCAGAAAUUCUUGAAGGGAUUUUGGAUGGUAAAGAUUACGAAAAAGCUCGAGUCUAUGCUUUGGACAAAAGUAACUUUGGUAUCAUCAAAGACGGAUAUGGAUUGGUUCUAAAUUCUGUCAUUAUUUUCUGCAAUGGGCUAGUCUAUUUUUGGAACUCUGGGCAAUCUAUGGCUGGUGUUGUAGGUUUGGAAGAAAAUGAAUUGGUCGUGAGUGCUUGCUUCAUGGUGUUGAUGAACAUUUUCAAUGUUAUAACGUCUCUGCCCACCAGUAUUUACAAUACAUUCGUAUUAGAAGAGAAGCAUGGUUUCAAUAAGCAAACUGUGCCGUUUUUCAUUAAAGACCAUAUCAAAUCCUUCGGAAUCACCCAGGUACUAACCAUUCCACUGACAAUGGCCGUCGUUUACAUUGUCAAGAUUGGCGGUGAUUAUUUCUUCUUCUAUCUGUGGUUGUUUACACUAGUAAUGUCACUGUUCUUGAUGACCAUCUAUCCCGAUUAUAUUGCUCCCCUAUUUGACAAGUAUACUCCUCUGCCAGAGGGUGAACUUCGCUCCAGUAUUGAAGAACUUGCAUCAAGUAUCGGUUUCCCACUGUAUAAGCUUUAUGUUGUCGAAGGCUCCAAGAGAUCAGCCCAUAGUAAUGCUUAUUUCUAUGGUUUUUUCAAAAACAAACGGAUUGUACUAUAUGACACUCUCUUGAAGGACUAUAAGCCUGUGUCAGACAAGAAAGACGAUGAUAAGAACGAAAGGGAAGAAAUCGAAGCAGAAAAAAAAGGAGAGAGCAAAAAGGGAUGUGAUAAUGAUGAAGUCCUCGCAGUAUUAGCCCACGAACUUGGACAUUGGAAGUUGAAUCAUGUUUUGAAGAACAUCAUAAUCAUGCAGGUCAACCUGCUAUUGAUGUUCCUUGCCUUUGGGUUGCUGUUCAAAUACUCUGUGCUGUAUCGAGCAUUUGGAUUCUUUGACUCACAACCAGUUUUCAUUGGCUUGGUUAUAGUUCAACAGUUUGUAUUCAGUCCAUAUAAUGCUAUUUUAUCCUUCCUUUUGACAAUUUUGUGCCGGAAAUUCGAAUUUCAAGCUGACGCAUUUGCCUUGGCACUUGGCAAAGAAGAAUAUCUUCAAGCAGCUCUCAUUAAACUGAAUAAGGACAAUUUAAGUUUCCCAAUUUAUGACUGGCUCUUCUCUAUGUGGCAUCUUUCUCAUCCUCCAUUACUUGAACGCUUGGAAGCCCUUAAGAAAAUCAAGUAAUGACACUCUCUGCAAACCUACUUUAAGGACUGUUGUAUUUCUUUGUACCUCGCGUUUUUUGAUCGGUGGUUCUUAUUUCUCCAUUCCAUGAAGGUUGGAAAGGGUUGUAACAACAGGUCCCAUACUCUAAUAACAUUGUAACUCACCAACAAUGAGUAAAAACUGAUGUUGUUAAGUUAGCGAUACUUCUCCUCCUUUUUGUUUCUUCUGUAUGGAUUAACUUGUUUCAAAUUUUUAGGGGAGUAACCCAUCAAAACCAAGUCAAAUAAAUUUGUUUUUGACCAGUUGAAACUGGUUCCCUAAUGUCAAAAAAGAGGUUAUCCUUUGGACACAAGUAUGUCUUGAGUUUAUUGAAGCACUUCUAGGGAGUCUGCUUGUGCACCAUUAAGAACUACAAGUUUUUCAUGAAAUCUGAUAAAUUUUUUAUCACUUGUACUCUUUUAUGCAGAGGUAACAAAAUUUGUGAUCCAGAAGCAAAAUUCGUGCAAAAAUUACCAAAAUAUCUACUGUUGUUCAUUUUAUCCAGUGACAUACUCAGGGAACCGCAGCUCCCUCUAGAGACUUUAUUGCAGUCCAUAGGUAAAAAAACUCAUCUUAGCUUCCUGAUUGUAAAUACUGUGAUAGUGGUUUUUUUCCUUUUCUUUUUUCUCCAAUUCCAAUCGGUAAUAAUUUUUGUAUUUGUCUCAAAAAAUACCCUGACUAACUCAGGCAUUUUAAAUUUUAUUCUAGUUCUUCUACCCAGGGUGUGUGCUGAAUUUUUCAGUUGCACUGCAUGUGAUUUAAUGUUAUCAUAAGUAAAUUAUCAGUCAAGAGGAUAAAAAAAUUGAGAUGUAAGGUGAAAAAGAGCAAAAUCCAACUACAGGAGUUGUGAUUCAUGCUUCAUUUGGCCGUGUGAAAAUACGGUCAGGUCAGGUCAGAAAUAUUGAACAACUGUUCCCAACUUAGAAAACUGUUACCUGUGAUUCAGCAAAUAGAUGUAAGUUAGUAGGAAAUAAAAACAAAAAAAAAUAAAUUUAAAAAAAAGAAAACCUCCAAAA